AUGUCAACUACAACACUUCUCAUUACCGGUGCUACUGGAUACAUCGGCGGAUCGAUCUUGUCGAACCUUUUCGAGUCGUCCAACCCUCAUGUCAAGGCGCUCCGCAUCUCGACUCUGGUGCGCAAGCAAGAGCAGGCCGAUCUUUUGAAGGCCAAAGGUUUCAACGGCAUCGUCUUCUCUGGUCUGGAUGACACGGCCGCCGCCAGCGCCAUCAUCCGUGGUCUCGCGGACAGGCAAAAGGCGACGGGCAACAAGUCCGUCCUCACUCACACCUCUGGCACGUCCUCCAUUGGAGAUCGUCCCAUCACCAGGCGGUACACCGAGACGCGCGUCUUCGACGACGUACAGGCCUACCUGCGGGCGCGCGAGGACUUCGAGGACAGCUUCGUUCUGGAGUGGAAUUAUCUCGCGAAGGAGUCUUAG